AUGAUGAUUGUAGUAUUUGAGCUGGUUGACGACGAGACACUUCUCUCCCGUGACGAGGUGCGUUCGUACGACAGGGAGAACACUACUGACACCCGUGCCAACUUUAUGCUCAGCUUUCAACCCCUGCAACCUCUCCGCACAAGGCCGGGAAAGUAUCUUGUACGCCUCCGCCGUGUUGACGGAAAUUGUAUCCCCGCCGACGUCUGGGCACUCGAGCAUGUACAGGAAGAUGAGUCCCGGUGGCGGCGGGUUCGCACUACUUUUUGUAUGCCAGGACAUGGAAGUGGUACGCCGGGCGUAGCUGUCGCGAAGUCUGGUGUCGCCACCGCCGUUGUGCGCGAUUACCAGGGCCAGCUUUGGACCGAUGCUAUGCUCGAGGACAGCUUGGUGGAAGACUUAUACUUAUCUAUGGACUUUGGCGCCAUGGUACAAGACAUGCUCAAAGUAUAA